AUGGCGAUGACAAAAGCAGGAGAAGACACCACCAACAACAAUGAUGAAGAUGAACGGAGAAUGAAGGAGGGGAGAUCGUGGCGCAAGGAGCAAGAGCACGAGUAUAAGAGAUGGUCUGCUAAGGUUUGCUGUCUAUCUUUGAUUCAAGAAAAUCGAGGAUUGCCCUUCGUAGGAGAGACACUUCAGUUCAUGGCUGCCAUCAACAGCAGCAAAGGAGUCUAUGAAUUUGUCCAUGCUCGCCGCCUCCGGUAUGAAAAAUGCUUCAAGACGAAGUUGUUUGGGGAAACGCACGUUUUUAUAUCGAGCACGGAGUCUGCAAAAGUGAUUGUAAACAAGGAGAACGAGGGAGGGAAAUUCUCAAAGAGGUACAUAAAAUCAAUCGCGGAGCUGGUUGGAGCCGAUAGCUUGCUCUGUGCGGCACAGCAGCAUCAUAAACUUAUUCGCAGCCAUCUCUUCAGUUUCUUCUCAACAGAUUCUUUGUCUUCCUUCGUUCAACUCUUUGAUUCACUCGUUCUUGAAGCUACACCUACUUGGACAUGUGGAUCUGUUGUCGUCAUACAAGAUGAAACGCUCAAGGAUUUGUAUAAAUUGAAAGGAAAAAUAAUUCAUGAUAUAAUAACUGAUAUAGGAUUUAAGAUCAAGAAAGGGUGGAACAUUAACAUCGAUGCUAGAUCGAUACACCAUGAUCCAACUUUGCAGAAUGAUCCUGAUGUGUUCAAUCCUUCAAGAUUUCCUGUAGAAUCAAAACUAUACAGCUUCUUAGCUUUUGGGAUGGGAGGAAGGACGUGUCUCGGGAAGAACAUGGCUAAAGCUAUGAUGUUGGUGUUUCUCCACCGUUUCAUCACCAAUUACAAGUGGAAGGUGAUUGAUUCUGACUCAAGUAUUCAGAAUCGGGCACUUUUUACAAAAAUUAAGAGUGGUUAUCCUUUACGUUUGAUAUCUAAGAAGGAUGCCAAAAACAAAACCAUGUGACAAA